GUUUGUAUUAUCUUACCUGUGACGCCACACACCUGUCAGCACGGGAGGACACGAGGCAGAAGUGAGCAGCUAUAAAGACAGUGGUGGGAGCCACCGUUUCACCACCAGGCCCACCAUGAUCACUACCCUGUUUGUGCUGCAGCUCCUGUCUGCAGGUGUUCUGGGAAGCUCCUGUGCGGGCCGGUGCGGUGUAGACGACGGAAUAACUUCCUGCCAAUGCAACUCCCUCUGCUCAAAUUUUGGUGACUGCUGUGACGACUACGAGGCCGUCUGUCUAUCAUGUAAAGAUAGGUGUGGGGAAAGUUAUUUGCACUCAAAGCCUUGCCAGUGCAAUAACGACUGUGGAUCCCAUUCCAACUGCUGUCAUGAUUACCAGGCCACCUGCCUGUCGUGCAAAGACAGAUGUGGGGAAAGUUAUGACCAAACUAAACUUUGCCAGUGUAACAAAGACUGUGGAUUUCACUCCAACUGUUGUCAUGACUACAGCGAGGUGUGUGGUGGUGGUGAACAAGGCGUGACGGAUGAUGACCUACGCACCAUCACGGAGGAGAUGUUCGCUGCUGAUGUGAACUUUGUCUAUGACCAGCUGACAGUUGACUACCAGGGGAAGGGUACUGGGGACUUGGCCCCCGGCCCACUGUUCGUGUCCGUACCAGAGUCUGCACUAAGCCGGCCGACCAUAGCACUACUGAGGAAGGUGCAAGACAACUACAUCCCCUCCGUGUACCAGGCGGAGGUACAAGAUGCGAACGAGAUAGCAGAGCAGAAUGCCUUCUUGGACGCAAUCAUGAACACUGAAGUCAUGAAACUGGCCGAGACUUUUCUUCACUCGAAAAAUCUCUUAGCAGCAGGAUCAUUGCGUGACAAGCUCGACCAAAUGUGGUUCACUCUCUAUAAGCGCAAACACGACCGGAGCUCCUCAGGCUUCGAGCACGUUUUCGUCGGGGAACUGGACGGCGAAGUGUUUGGUUUCCACAACUGGGUCAAUUUUCAGAAGAAAGAAGACGAAGGUGAACUAAACUACUACGGCUGGAUGGACUCUAUAAAGCUUGGGGCCAAGGGAGAGCUGCUCGAAGAUCGCUUCAGUUGGGAUGGUCAGAUUAAGAAGAAAGGGUCCAUGUUUGUGGGUACCUCGCCUGAACUGGAGAUGGCCACCUACACCGUUUGUUUCUUCGCUCGUGCUAACGGCACCUGCCCUGUUCAGAUGGCCAGUAAACAGUUCCAAGUGAAAACGUAUACUAUUCAUGGUGACUCGUUAUUGGGUAGUGCAUACCCUGAAAUCUUGGUAUCAUAUUAAAGUCAACUACUACAGUGUUA